AUGGCGUUGUCCUGUUCGAGUCUGUGUAGCCAGCUGUCUUUGAUCCGACUGUGUGGGUUCAGGACAAACAGAAUAACACAUGGACUUUAUUCUGCCUACGUGCCCUGUCAGUCCAGGUUGCCUCUGUGCAGACACUACACAUCGUCCAAAGUCAGACGAGGUAUUGGUCGAUAUGUUGCCACUAGGCUCCAGUGGGCAAAUGAAAAAUAUGAAGGCUUCCUCAAAAGGCGAUUUCCUCGCUUCUUCCUGCUCUACCACACCUUUGUGGAAGGAUUCAAGCUACUGUUCCGAGAUGCCAAAGAUGUGAAGAGGAUAAAAGCAAAAAUGUUUUUUGAUGGGGUGAAAUUCCAGGAUUUGCCAUACAGGGAGAUGGAGACACUCAGACAGUUUCGCAGAGACGUGAUCAAGGCCAUUCCCCUGGUGAUGAUAUCUAUUCCUCCCUUUGCCAACUACCUGGUUUUUGUCUUGAUGUACUUUUUCCCUCGUCAGCUCCUGAUCCCUCAUUUCUGGACUCCCAGGCAGCAGGUAGAGUUUCGGGGAGUCUACCAUUCGCUCAGGGCUCAGCACCACUGGCCGGUGCUCAAAGGGCUCGAGGAUACGAGCCAUCAUGUCAGUAAUGGUCAGCUACAGGAGCACCUAAGAAACUUGUGCACUAAGGUGCAAACUGGAGCAACCCCUAGAGUGUCUGAAAUCCUUGCAGUUCGAAGACUGUUUUCUGGACCCCCUCUGGGUAUGAGGAGGAUGACUGUCGAUCACAUGAGACACAUCAGCUCCCUGCUCUUCCUGACGCCUCGCCUCCCUGGUUUCCUGAUUGGCCGUCGGCUGAACAACCACGCCCUGGAGCUACUCCAGCUGGACCGAGGCCUCACCACGCUGGGCCUCCACCAGCUGGAUGACGCUGAACUAAGGAGGGCUUGUUAUGUCAGGGGGCUCAACUCCGACGUUCUCGGCAUUCACCAGUGUCGUGAGUGGUUGUCGCAGUGGCUUCAGGUGUCCUCCUCAUUGAAAGAGUCAGAGGUGUCACUGCUCUUGCACAGCAUUGUGUUUCUCUCUGCAAACUACCCGACUAGCCUCAGCCGGCGCUGACAGGAAGCCUGAAGCAAUCUGCUCGUGUGAUUAAGGUCUAUUUCGUGCACUGGACAGCACAACUUCCUAAGAGCUGUCAACAUCUCCUUUUUGCAAAAGAACAAACAUUUUAUAACUGUUCUUGGCAAGAUUGUUAGACUUUAGAAAAUAAAAACUGUCUGAACAUCUCUGCUCAUUUGAAGCAACAAAUACCACAAACAAGAAGCCUAUGCGUUUGUAGUUACUAGAAUUUGACUUGGAAAAUAUGGCAAAUCCAUUGUGUCUUUAUUAGAGACAUUAGUGCUGUUCUUGUGCAAUUUAAACUCUCAGGAGAGAGUCUGAAUAUUUGCGAUACACUUAACGGGGUGAUGUGAUAAUAUCAUAAUUACCUGCCACUGCAUUUAAACUUGGUACCACUUUAAGGUGCACAUGUCUCCUGCUUAUGUCUAAGAUAUCACAUCACACAGAUAAAAGAAGUAGCUAAGAAACAAAGAGGAUAUUGUAUAAACACAUUUCAGCACAAUAUCAUUGUCAAUUGUUCAGACACAUUCCAUUCAUAAAAUUACAUACAGGCUUAUAGCUUUUAUGUGGGCAUGUUAAUUGUUUUUACAUGUUCAUAUCCAAUGGGUACUGUAUUUUCUCAUGCCAUUACCUCACUUUGUGCUCUGCUUUUACUUUUUUUUACUUUGACUAAUGCUGGUAAUGACUACAUUAUAGGCAACAUGUGAUAAAGGACUUUUGUGAGUAGUUGAGGCAAAGAAGUUUGUCAAAACAGAAAUAAGUGGUUGAUAUCAGACAGCAGAAGAUUUCAUGAAGGCACCUUUUUAGAGAAAAUAACUUUGUGGAUCCUUAAGAGAUUGGGGGAUAAAAGCCCAGUGAUGAGUCAACUGCAAAGACAUUCAGACUGGUUUUGUGUGGUGAGAAGCUGGAUUUCUUGUUUUAGGUGAAUCUGAUCCUCAUGAACCUUUUCACUGCAGUAGCAAGGUUUCUGACAGGAGUUGUGGUGGCACUUUACUGCAUUGUUUACUUUGUUUUCUUGCUUUAGAGGUGUAAAAUGAUUUGUAUUUAUCCUGGUAAGACUACGCUUAAGAACACAGUUUCUUUCAAGCCUUUUGCCUACUUCUGUGUCACAGUGCAAAAGGAACUGCACAUCCCCAGUGCUGUUGACUGGUGUUGUGAAGUGUAAAAUCAAACAUGUCAUUUGCUUCCUGUGCCUUGUACGAGAACAGGCACAAUGCCUCUGAAACAUAAGUUGCAAAAGUUAUGUUCUGUUAAUGAAUCUUUAUUUUCUUUUUUUUUUAUAAAUUAUUUGGUCAACAAGUUUUGAAUGUUGUGUUGUUGUGCCAAUAUUAUAUACAUUGUCAUGGGGCUGUGUCUAAAAUAAAUACCUUACUGAUGCA